AUGAAAGGAGAGGAUGCCGCAUGGAAGAAUGAGGCAGGCCCGAUCUCAAACUACUUCUCCGCCGUUAAUCGCAACAAAAGAUCAGUGACUUUGAAUUUGAAGAAUGAGAAGGGGAAGGAGAUCUUAUUGAAUUUGGCCCGAAACGCCGACGUUCUCAAGCGAGGCGGGUAUGACCCCAUUGCCGCCGCGGAAGGCGGGAUGCUCCAUAUUACCGGGGAGCGCGACGGGGCCCCCGUGCGCGUGGGAAUUGGGAUGAUCGAUAUGGCAACUGGACUAUACAUGCACGGGGCCAUUCUGGCGGCCUUACAAGUCCGCCACCAAACGGGCCAGGGGCAGCGCGUGGACGCAUCUUUGUUCGAAACGCAGGUCAGUAUGCUGACCAACGUCGGGCUCUCAUGGCUCAAUUUAGGCAUUGAAGCCGAGCGCUGGGGCUGCCAGCAUCCAAGUAUAGCGCCUUAUGAUGCCUUCCGAACAAAGGAUCUCUAUCUUGUUUGUGGAGCGACUAAUGACGGCCAGUUCUCUGCUCUCUGCAAGCUUCUUGGACUGGAUUCACUGCCGCUGGAUGAAAGGUUCGCGACAAACCCCAGCCGUGUAGAGAAUCGGGACGCAUUGACUCCUAUAUUCAACGAGGUGUUUGCCAAAAAGACCACGGCCGAGUGGAUGGAGGUAUUUGAAGGAACAGGGCUUCCAUUUGCCCCAAUCAACAACAUGGAGGGCACCUUCUCGCACCGGCAAACAAGUGCUAGGCAUAUGGUCGCCCAAGUGCCAAUAGAAGCCGCGACCGCCGGGGUCAUAAAUCUAAUCGGUGAGUCAGCUUUCUAA